AUGCCCGUGUUCGAUCUCGUACGCGAGUCCUUCCUCGGACAGGCGGUCUACUACGCUUCCAGACGGCGAUGGCUGCAGUACGCCGAGGAGAAGCCUGGCUUCGAGCUGCCGGCGCGCUACCGGCGUGCGCAGGACCAGCAGCAAGAUCAACAGCAGCAGCAGCAGCAGCAACAGCAACAACAUCAGUCAACGCUCGACGUUGACCGUGCAUCGUCGGAGGGGCGGAGCACUCGGGCGCCUACGCUCGUGGAUAACACCGAAACUGCUCGAUCGAAGUCGCGCCCGGUUUCCGGCGUGGAUGCGGAGAAGCAGCAGGUCGCCUACAGGGAGAGCACGAAGCCCGAGGAGGUCGAGAUGUGGGACGAUCCGCAAUGGUUGAGGACCGUCGAUUGGUACGGCCCCGAUGACCCAGAGUGUCCGAUGAACUGGUCGUUCUCGAAGAAGUGUUUCGUCACGUUCGACAUCUGCUUCAUCACCUUUUCAAUCUACAUCGGCUCUGCGAUCUACUCCCCUGGUAUUCCCUACGUCGCCCAAGACUUCGGCGUGUCGGAUGUGGCCGCGACUCUUGGGAUCACGAUGUUCGUCAUUGGCUACGGCAUCGGUCCCAUGUUUCUCUCUCCUCUGUCCGAAAUCCCGCAAUUUGGUCGGACGAGCACGUACAUCAUCACCCUCGCCCUCUUCGUCAUCCUCCAGGUGCCUACCGCGCUCAGCAAGAACCUCGGCGCGCUCCUUCCCCUCCGGUUCCUGGCCGGGUUCGUAGGCUCGCCCCCGCUCGCGACCGGCGGCGCGAGUCUGGCGGAUAUGUGGGGCCCCGCCGACCGCGCGAUCGCGAUCGGCCUCUGGGGCUGCGCCGCCGUGAGCGGGCCCGUGCUCGGACCGCUGCUCGGCGGGUUCGCGGCGCAGGCCGAGGGCUGGACGUGGACGAUCUGGAUCUUGCUCUGGCUCUCGGGCUUCUCGCUCGCGUUUCUGACCGUGUUGUUGCCGGAGACGAGCGCGUCGGCGAUACUGUACCGACGAGCGGUGCGCCUGCGUCGGCUGACGGGGAAUGAGGCGCUGCGCUCGCACGGCGAGCUCGAGGCGGAGCAUUUCACGGCGAGGGAGGUGGCGAUGAUGACGCUCGUCCGGCCGUUCGUCCUCGGGUUCACGGAGCCGAUCGUCGCGGCGUGGAACGUGUACAUCGCCCUGCUUUACGGGAUACUGUAUAUCUGGAUCUCGAGCUACGAGAUCAUCUUUGUGGAGAUAUAUGGGUUCAACCUAGGCGAGAACGGGCUCGCGUUUAUGGGUUUGUUCCUCGGCGCGAUCAUUGCGUUUGCGCUCCUCGUGCCGUACGUGAAUCGUUACGUGCGGCCCAAGUUUGCGAAUGGGGAAGAAAAUUUUCCGCCCGAAGCGCGGCUACCCCCGGCCCUCGUCGGCGCCAUCCUCCUGCCCCUCUCGCUGUUUUGGUUCGGCUGGACCUCGCGCGCGUCGAUACACUGGAUCGUCCCGAUCAUCGCGACGCUGUUCUACUCCAUCGGGACCUUCUUCGUCUUCCAGGCCGGGCUCAACUAUCUCCAGGACUGUUACCCGCGCCACGUCGCGAGCGUGUUCGCCGGGAACGACCUCUUCCGAUCCUGCCUCGGCGCCGCUUUCCCGAUCUUUGCGAGCGCGUUUUUCAGGAACUUGGGAGUCGGCAAGGCGUGCAGCGUGCUGGGGGGUAUAUCGGUGGCGAUGAUCCCGAUUCCGGUGGUGCUGUGGAAAUAUGGGCCGAAGAUACGCGCGAUGAGCAAGUAUUCGGGGUUCAAGGGCCCGAUGCACUAGAACAUAUACGUAUGUUGCGAAGUUUCCAGGGGUAGAUGCUCAGGUGUCGACAUAUUCCAUGUUGUAACGCAGAACGCCAUUAAC